CAAUUCGAAUAUUCACGGUUCUGAUAUCGCUUUCUCUCGUUUAUUAAAAGAAAGAGUUAAAGGGUGUUUUCGUCAAUUUAUAUAUCCAUCGGGUCAAUAACGGAGAUUUACCUAUCCGGUGACCUUAUCCCCUUCGCCGGUGAACCAAUCUCAGAUCCAAUUUUUCUGCCAAAAUCGUCAGAUCCGAAUCUGAAAAUUCAAGCAAUUUGAUCAAUUUCUAUGGAGGAAGACGACGAGGUUCAGUCAAUUCCAUCUCCGGGAGAUUCUUCCCUUUCACCACAAGCUCCUUCCUCUCCGCCAAUUUUGCCAACAAACGACGUGACGGUCGCCGUCGUGAAGAAACCAACAGGUGCGGUUUCGUCUCAAUCUCCGUCGAGGAACGCUUUGGCGUUAGUGGUUCAUACUCCAGCUGUAACCGGUGGUGGUAGCGGUAACAGAAACGGACGAGGAGGAAGCGGUGGUGGUGGCGGAGGAAGAGACGAUUGUUGGAGCGAAGAAGCUACCAAGGUUCUAAUCGACGCUUGGGGAGAUCGGUUCUCUGAACCAGGUAAAGGAACUUUGAAGCAACAACAUUGGAAAGAAGUAGCUGAGAUUGUGAACAAGAGUCGUCAAUGCAAAUAUCCUAAAACUGAUAUACAGUGUAAGAACAGGAUUGACACUGUGAAGAAGAAGUAUAAGCAAGAGAAGGCUAAGGUUGCUUCUGGUGAUGGACCUAGUAAAUGGGUCUUCUUCAAGAAGCUUGAGAGUUUGAUUGGUGGUACUACCACAAUCGCUACUGCUUCGAAAGCUUCUGAGAAGGCUCCUAUGGGAGUGAAUAGCCGUUCCAAUCUGUAUAAACGGCAAGCUAAAGGGACGCAGAUUCUGCAACAUCAACAACAAGGAGGGGAUUUCAAGAGAAACUCUGAUUCUAUGCGCUGGCAUUUUAGGAAACGUAGUGCUUCUGAGACUGAGUCUGAGUCUGAUCCUGAGCCUGAGGGUUCACCUGAUUCUGCUGAGAGUCUGCCACCGCCUCAACCGGUUUCGUUUCAGCUGCCGAAGCGGUUGAAGGUGGAUAAGAGUGAAUGUGGAGGGAGUGGAGUUGGAGAUGUGGCGAGAGCGAUACUCGGAUUCACGGAAGCUUAUGAGAAAGCUGAGACUGCUAAACUCAAGCUAAUGGUGGAAUUGGAAAAGGAGAGGAUGAAAUUCGCAAAAGAGAUGGAAAUGCAGAGAAUGCAGUUCUUGAAAACUCAGUUGGAGAUAACACAGAGCAAUCAAGAAGAGGAAGAGAGGAGCAGGCAGCGAGGAGAAAGAAGGAUCGUUGAUGUUGAUGAUGAUGAUGAUGAUCGCAAUGCCAAGAUUAACGGCGAUGUAAGUAGCUGACGAAUUGAACUCACAAAAUGUUCCUAUGAUAUUUGCUAUCUAUGAUAAGCUGUCUAGAUUGCUUGAUUUAGGAUUCGAUGUUGUUGUUAUUACUGCCUUGUGGGAUGUGUAAAUGUAGUUAAAUUAUGAGUCUGAUCAUCAUUAUGUUGUUGUUGUUGUUAUCCGUGUCUUGGCUGAAACAUGAAACGUCUUGAAAACC